AUGUUUCAGGACCCUUCUCGUCGGUCAUGGCGGACAGGAGACGCCCCCGUGGUCCUGACACAACCAUCUCCGCUCAGCCAAGCGGGCAGUUGGAGAGACUAUGAAAGAGACUUUAUGCCCGAGGUUCGGGCGAAACCAGCCAACAUGGCUCCCCGGAGAAUGGCGUCCCUGCGCCGGAUCUCGCCACCAGAUUACAAGCCGACGCCGUUGAGAAGAUCGUUCCUGGUGAUACUGAUCGUCUUGCUGCUGGUCUGUAUCGUGUUGCUCGAGUGUGCAUGCCAGUUCCUGCCUACGGAGCAAGACAGGAGGAUCAUACCAGAGCCCAAGCCGAGCCCGACGAGCAACGUCAACAGCACGCCGACAGGCAUCGACAACCCUCCGUUGCUGAAGCCGAGAUUGCAAUUAUCGAGACGACUGUUACAGAACGCAACGUUGGAUGACGAGAGAGACAACGCACCCGCCAAUUCUCCAGCGAACACGGUGGUCCCGAUUACGAUAUCCACUGAUUUGCCAUACUCAACUUCGCAAGUAGUACCGGGAGACUUUGCACAGAUCGGAACCGUAGCAGUUGGGUCAUCUCCCACAACGGCCGCAGCAACCGACGGCAGGCCCAACCCGUUAAGGUCUGAAUCUACCGCUACAGAACCCCCCCUCACGCAACCAUCAAGCAACUUUGCAGAUACCGGCACCCAGCCCGCCAUCGGCGACAGCGGCAAGUUCGGCCAAGACGGCACCCAAACCAUCACCGAGGCCGCCCCAGAUGCCAACCCCGCCGGCUUCAUCGGCAUCGUCCUUCCCUCCACCACUCUGGACGAGGUUGUAUCAACCGUGACAAAAGAGACCACCAUCAUCGGAGUACCAGCGACAACAACAGUGAUAGGGGUCACAACCGAGAGCGGCCUUGUCCUCUCCUUCACUGAGACCCGGACCGUCGACCAAGUUGUGACGUUGGUGCCAUCACCAACGACAAUCUUCAAUGUUGUUACAGCCGUGUCACCAUCGUUUGUGACGCUGUCUGUUGAGAUCUUGAGUGAUGAUGACGGGACCCCGACCGUCACAGUCAUCAACACUCCUCCACCUGUCUUUUCUCCUGAAGUUAUCACGGUGACCGACUCGAGAGGUGUUCCGACACUGACAGUUACCACAGACGUGGUGGUACCGCCGAGAACCAAGGUCGUUACCAACUUCCAGGGAGUCCCAACAGCCACCAUCACCGAGUUCCCAACCGUCCCCACUGAUACCCCAAAGCCCCAAGCAGAGGUCUCAGUCUACUUCAUCUCUAGGGCCCAAUAUUUUGUCGGAUUCUUUUUGCCAACAAUCCUGGCAGUCAUGCUCACCAUCCCCAUCCGCAUGAUUGACAUGGCCGCGAAGCAAUAUCAGCCCUGGCACGCCUUGACACAACGCAUGGGCGUCCCCGCUGAGGAGUCGUUAUGCUUGCGAACAGGAGGGUUUCAUGGGAUCGUGUCCAGCUUCAGAGCGAUGGCGACAGGUCAGAUGUUGAUGGUCUUGACGACAUUGUUGACGAUUGCCUCCGUAUUCUUGGUGCCGUUGUCCUCUGAGGCAGUGGCGUUGAAGCUGCAUGGCAGCUGUACGCCCACCAACUUCAAUGGCUGUGCCAUGACCUUGGGGGUCUUCCUCGGUCCGGCCCGAGCGACAACCGCCCUGCUCAGCUUCAUGGUCGUCCUCCUGAUCUUGAUCAUGAUCGUGCUCCGCAAAUGGCGCACUGGCGUAGCAGCCAAUCCGUGGACCAUUGCUGGCAUGGGUUCACUGGCUACCAACAGGGAAACCCGCGCUGCAUUCUGCUCCCUUCCUCCCGACAAGAGGAAAGGACUUAGUCACGACAAACUGGUGAACGGCUUUGGUGACAGGACGUUCAGACUGGGCCACUUCUUCAACCACUAUGGUAUCCCAGAAUACGGCGUCAUGGCCAGUAGGGCAAACGUCACUAUUGUUCGUCCAGACCGACCGGAUUCUGUCAGCACAGACACGACCUCCCCUCAACACGAGUUGCUCGAGGGUCAAAACUCCAACGCAAAGGCCGAGCGCCACCUGCCGUUCCUGAUGCUGUCAUACAGUGGUAGGAUUGCAUUUCUGCUUCCCUUGACCGGGAUCAUGGCUGUUGUGUUAUACUACAACAACACCGGUGGUGACACGGGCUUCGAACGGUUCAUGAGCACCCAAAACUUUGGCGUGAGGUCGUUGUUCACGUUGAUGGGUGUUGGGAUAACCUUGUUUUGGAGUGCCUUUUUCACGAGUAAGCAUUUUUGUGACAUCUCCGCAUGGGAAAAACUCACUGACCUGUUCAUCUGUUUAGGCCUGGCUAUUCUCAGCCCGUACCAGCUCAUGUCUCAAUUCCCUCGGCCGGCCCAUCAAUCCAUCACUUUGUCUCCGCCAAUGAACGCCUUUUCCGGCAUCUGGAGCGCAAUCAAACGCCGGCACAUCUUCCUCAUUGUCGUUGCCUUUGUCGCAAUCUUGUCCGAAUUCCUUCCCAUCCUACUGAACAACGUGCCGUUCCGUGUCACGCAGACGUGGAUUGCAUCGCGGGUGUGUACCUGGCUGGCGGUCGCCAUCAUGGCCAUCAUGUGGAUUGUCGUCGCUGCCAGCUUUUUUAUCAAAUGGCCGCACAUGCCUGUUGACCCUAGCACGAUUGCGGGAGCAAUGUAUUAUGUGUGCGAUUCGUGGAUGUUGUGGAGUUUGGAAGGGUUGAGCCAGGUUCCCAAGAAGGAACGCGAUCGGAAGGUGAGGGAGAUGGGGAUGCAGUACGCGUUUGGGAACAUCGUGGGACAGUCGGGGAAGAAGAGGGUAGGGGUUGAUGGGGUGAAGGAGUUUGCAUGA